AUGAUGGGCUUCAACCACGACCACGACCCGUACCACACCAUCGACGACCAGCGCUGCCGGCAGUCAUCGGACAGCAUCCUGUACGGCCUGCUCGAGGAGCAGCUGGCCGGACUCGACCACCACAACCAGCACCCCAACCACAACCUCACCCGCGCCCCUGUGCUGACGACCAGCACUGCGCCCCCCGCGGCCGUAUCGGACUCGAUGACCCCGGUGGCGUCGCCCGACCUCCUGCCCUGCGCCACGUCGUCCGACUCGCAGUCGCGUUCGUCUUCGUUUUCGCUUUCGCGUUCGUCUUCGUUCUCCGUACCGGCCCUGGGCGCGACGGCCUCGCCGAGCCUGGCCGAGGUGUUCCUCCGCGGCGCGUCGAACCAGAAGGAGGCCCUGCAGCAGUACCUCAUGGGCCUCGCCGACACCACCAGCGCCAUCUCAUCGGGCGGCAAGCGGAAGCGAAAGAACGGAGACGGCGGCGACUCGAAGAAGAAGCGAAAGUCGCGACGGACUGCCGCGUCGGCCGAAAGAACGAAGGCCAAGUCUGCGGAAAGAGCGAACAGAGCCGCGGCCCAAAGAACGAAAGCGACGGCGACCGUUGCGACCGUUCCGGAGACCACCACUGCAGUGAUCGCCUCCCCCCACCUGAACGACCCCGCGGCCGCCGCCACCUCCACGCCCGUCGUGUCGUCGCCCGCCGCCGUCCCCUACUCUUCGCCUUCGCUCUAUUUCUCGUCCAUGCCUUCGCCUUCGUCUUCGUUCUCGGCCUCGUCGACCCCCUACCCCGGCUACCCGACGCCGACCACCUCAACUCCGUCGUACUACUACCCCAACGUACUGUUCGACGCGCCGCCGCCGGCCGCGGCGUACCAGCAGCAGCCGCGCUACCAGCCGCAGUACGAAGACGACGACUUCUGGCUCGACGUGGAGGCCGUCGGGCUGACCCAGCACCAACAGCGCGACGCGUUCUACAACUCCUCGUUCUGCGAGCUCGAGCGAUUCCUCCUCGAACACGACCUCUAA